AUGGGGAACCAAACAACUGUAAGCUAUUUUGUUCUGUCAGGUGUUUCCAGUGAACCGCAGCUUCAGCCUUUUCUUUUUGUGGUGUUUCUACUUAUAUACCUACUAACUGUGGUGGGGAAUGGGGCAAUCGUGGCAGUGAUAAAAGCUGAUCCUCACCUUCACACCCCUAUGUAUUUUUUCCUAUUCCAUUUAUCCUUCCUUGACAUCUGCUACUCUUCAGUCACAGUCCCAAUGAUGCUGCAGAACUUUGUGAGAGACAAGAAAACCAUUUCUCUCCAUGGCUGCCUUGCCCAGAUGAGCUUAAUUCUUCUGGUGGCCUGUACAGAAAUUUUCAUGCUAUCAGCAAUGGCUUACGAUCGAUAUGCUGCCAUCUGUGACCCACUGCAUUAUGGGGGGAUCAUGACUAAGCAAAUCUGUAUAAGACUAGUGGCUGCUGCAUGGCUAAUUAGUGUAUUAUAUGCAAUGAUAAACACUGCUCCUGUGUUACAUUUACACUUCUGUGGGCCAAAGGAAGUGAACAACUUCAGUUGUGAACUUCCAUCUCUACUAGAAGUGUCCUGCACAGCAAUCAUCACCAGUAAGAUGACAUUUCUCACUUCAGCUAUGAUUGUAGGUUUGACCUCAUUCUCCAUCACCUUGGUCUCUUACAUCUGCAUCAUCUCCACCAUCCUGAGGAUACGCUCUGCCAAGGGUCGGAGUAAAGCCUUCUCUACCUGCAGCUCCCACCUCACUGUGGUUGUUCUGUAUUAUGGGGCUGCUUUGUUUAGAUAUCUGAGACCAAGUUCUGCCUCUUCAGUGGUUCUUGACAGACUCUUCUCCAUUCAGUACAGUAUCUUAACUCCCAUGUUAAAUCCAAUCAUCUAUAGCCUGAGAAACAGGGAGGUAAAGGCAGCUCUGGGGAAUUUACUGGGGAAAAUGCAAGGCAUUUGA